AACGAUUCUGGUCGGUUCGAUUUCGGUGGCGUGCAGCUCGGUCGUCGGUUCCGCACAAUUUGGUGUGAAUUGUUCGGACAUUUUGUCGAUAGAGAAGCAUCUGCAUUCCUUUUCACGAUCAGUGAGCUUCCGUUGCGUCGCAUCGUGCUGCUUCCACCAAUCUGCUCCAUUCGAUAGUGAACGAAAGUGUCAAAAGAAUAAGUGAACAGCAUUUCUGCAAGGAUACCCAACACCUUGUAUCAGUAUCGGCCGGAAGGAUAGCUGAUUUUUGGGUUCAGUGUUAAACAAAAAGUAGCAAAACAACAACAGUGACAACGCUUUGACUGCGAGUGAAGUGCAUAAUGUUGAUCAAAGAAUUUCGAGUUACCCUGCCACUGACGGUCGAGGAGUACCAAGUUGCACAGUUGUACUGCGUGGCGGAAGUUUCCAAAAAUGAAACCGGAGGCGGUGAAGGCAUCGAGGUGCUGAAAAAUGAACCUUUCGACAACUACCCACUGCUGGGAGGAAAGUACAACUCUGGCCAGUAUACGUACAAAAUUUACCAUCUGGCCUCGAAGGUACCGGCCUUCAUCCGGCUGCUCGCCCCAAAGGGAUCGCUGGAGGUGCACGAGGAAGCCUGGAACGCAUAUCCGUACUGCCGGACAGUCAUCACCAAUCCCGGCUACAUGAAGGAUAAUUUCAUCAUCUGCAUCGAAUCAUUACACGUCGCCGAUGCCGGCGAUCAGCCUAAUGCCCACGAGCUGACCCCGGAGAAGCUGAAGCAGCGUGAUGUGGUCCACAUCGACAUCGCCAACGAUCCCGUCACGCAGGCGGACUACAAAGAAACGGAGGAUCCUACGAAGUUCAAGUCGAAGAAAACUGGUCGCGGUCCGCUGGUCGGCCCAGAAUGGAAGAAGAAGGUAUCGCCGGUCAUGACCUGCUACAAGCUGGUCACGUGUGAGUUCAAAUGGUUCGGGCUACAGUCGAGAAUAGAAAGCUUCAUCCAGAAGUCGGAACGGAGGCUGUUCACCAUAUUCCACCGACAAGUCUUCUGUUGGAUGGAUAGCUGGCACGGGCUAACAAUGCAGGACAUCCGUGAGCUGGAAGACAAAACCAAAGAGGAGCUGGACAAGCAGCGCCACCUCGGUGAAGUGCGCGGAAUGCGGGCUGAAACCGACUAAGCUUACCAGCCGGCCACCCUGUAUCAAGUAGACAGCUGUGAGAAAGCAACGAGCGCCAGGGAUGAGUUGUUUGGGGCUGCAAGUGAGACGGAUGGGUGGUUCAACAACCCGACCAACCGUUCUCAUUUCGUCUCCGGAAUAAAUGGAAAAAUAUGGGAGGAGGUGUUUUGCGUGAAGGAGGCGGUCGUUUGUUUAUAUGUUUUUUUUCUUGGUUUUCCUCGUAAGUUACUUUAUUUUUUUUUUUCAUCUAAGGUGAUUUAACCGCAAGCGACAACUGGAAAGGUUAUGUGUGUGGUGUGGUGUAAGAGGCAAAACAAAACAAAACAGAACUAAUAGUGGGACAAACAAGAGCAAGAUGACGAUCGCAAGACAACCGGGCGGCAGUCAAAGGACGAGGCGCAAAGUGUAUUAACAUGUAAGGUGAAAUGUAGCGAGAACAUUAAAUGUGUGUGCAGAAAAAGGAAGGGAAGAACUAACAUUCGCAAUAGCAAUGGUAAUACUAACGAAGGAAAUAAAAGGAAAAAACAUUUGCAAUAACCAAUAAAAAAAAGCGGGAAAACAUUGUCCAAGUAUGAUGGAGAGCAAACAAACGAUAAAAUGUGAUGUUUGAAUGUGCGGGAGCGCGGAAAAAGGGUAAAAUCAUAGGCGAAGCAUUAAAUAGGGACACAAUUCCAAUUCUUCUAAUAGAAAACCCCACAAUACGGUCGGGCGGGAGUGCACUGCUCGGGAUCACUCGCACACACCGUAAACCGAAAUGAGCAGGACAAACGUGUAACACAAACGCAACGUUCCAACGUGAAACCGAACAGCAUUAAAACUGGUAGGAUCUUAUUCGCGAACAGAAACGCGGUAUGCAUGGCACCCGGUACUUUAGUGAUACAGAGUAAACAAAAUCCAAACGCAAAACGCUAAUCAAGGAAAGGUUUAAAGGACGACGGGUGGAAGAAGGUUACCUGCCGACAAACAGCUAGCAAUUUGCUUAUCUUUUGCUUAGGGCCUAUUAUUUGUUUCGUGUCGAUUUUUGCCUGACAAUGCCAUUGGUUUUUAAAACACACAAGUAUGGAGGAAAGGGGAUGAGGAGCCAGUGAGAAAGAAAAACGCGAGAAAGGAUUAUUAGUUCAAUAAAACACCAGUUGCUUUUCAUUCACAUAAGCCUGAUUGGGAAAGCAUACCGGAAGAACUUUUCUCUUGCGUUACGGUUAG